CUAUUCCUCCUCCCCACUGACACCAAGGAUGGGGCGCUAUUCCUCCUCCCCACUGACACCAAGGAUGGGGCGCUAUUCCUCCUCCCCACUGACACCAAGGAUGGGGCGCUAUUCCUCCUCCCCACUGACACCAAGGAUGGGGCGCUAUUCCUCCUCCCCACUGACACCAAGGAUGGGGCGCUAUUCCUCCUCCCCACUGACACCAAGGAUGGGGCGCUAUUCCUCCUCCCCACUGACACCAACGAUGGGGCGCUAUUCCUCCCACUGACACUAACGAUGGGACACUAUUCCUCACACACUGACACUAAUGAUGGCGCACCAUCAUUGGUGUCAGUGGGAGGAAUAGCGCCCCAUCAUUGCUAUCAGUGGGAGGAAUAGCGCCCCAUCAUUGCUAUCAGUGGGAGGAAUAGCGCCCCAUCAUUGCUAUCAGUGGGAGGAAUAGCGCCCCCCAUCAUUGGUAUCAGUGGGAGGAAUAGCGCCCCAUCAUUGCUAUCAGUGGGAGGAAUAGCGCCCCAUCAUUGCUAUCAUGGGAGGAGUAGUGCCUCAUCAUUGGUGUCAGUGGGAGGAAUAGCACCCCAUCAUUGGAAUACCA